GGCCCCUCAGGUCAGGGGUUUUGGUGUAAGGAGGGAACUCUUUUGAUUAUUUAGUGAAAAUGCAUGAAUUCUUUAAAAAUCUUCUUUGCUCGAGGGUAUUAAACAAAGUAAGUAGGUAUAUACAAUGUACUUAUGAUGAGCAAGAGCGUUUCAUCCAAAAUUGUGAAUUUUGUGGCCCUAUAGUUUGUGAUUGUUAUGUUAGGGCAAAUUAAUACAUAAUUAUGAGCUCAUAAACAUGUUAAUCCUAGUAAUUAUUAAAAUCAGGAUAUAUAUAAUAUAAUUGAAUGACACUGUCUGGAAUAUAUUUGCAAAUUAAGUCAAAGUUCAAGGGUCAAUGAAUUGUAAUGCUAGUAUUUCUUGCAAUGUAUUGUGUAAAAUUUUUAGUGCAUUUGCUAAAUAGCAUGUAGUCUGAUACCUCUUAAUUAUAGAAAUUAUACUGUAUAUAUAAAUGACACUUUGAUAUAUUUUGAUAAGUAGGUUAAAGAUCAAGGGUCACUAGAUCAAUAAUCAUGGUAAAAUACACAAGCCAUGCAUCCAGGUGCCAAGUAAUAUAUGUGCAAAAUAUCAAGUCCAUACCUCUUACAAUUUUUGAGAUAUAAGGUGUGCCAGACAGACUGACUAGCUAACAGACACUGAGGUUAGUUUUCAAAUGAAGAGAAAGAGGGAACUGACACUAGAGGAGUUUGACUCCUGGCAGAGACCUCUUCAAGAUGUGACCAAUCAACUGCAGAAUUCCAACAUGUCCAAUGUGGAUGUCACCAGUCGACGCAAUUCUUUUGGUAAAAGAUGCAUUGAAAACACCAGCAGAGAGAAAGUAGAGAGGGAUAUACAGACGCCGUGUUGUCCAUCCAGGUGUAUUGAGAACAUUCCAUUAGAUGUGUGUUGUGGAUUGAGGGAAAAGUUUUGGAACUUGGUGAUUGCAGAACAAAACAGGGAGAUCGUGAAUCAUCGCAUUGCUGUAUCUUCAGAAAUGUGUGUUCUGGCUGGACGGUUCGUGUGUACUGAAUGCUGGCGCUUGGUUCAUGGAGUAUCCAGAUCAAGGUAUUUUGAACAGAAGAAAUUGCCCUCACCCCCAUCAGAUGGUAGAAAAGGGAUGAAGUAUGGCCACCGACGGUACUCCGAGUUGGCAAACUACUUGGGAAGUUUAGGGGAGAAGCAAGGAGAGAAGCUCCCAGACAAACCAAAGGUCACCCUUCCCACUUGCCUGACCCAGAAGAACACAUACGAGGAGUAUGUUGCCAGCCACUCUGAUCCAUACUGUUUUCGGCAUUUUCAGAGGGUCUGGAAGGAGAGAUUUCCAGACAUGAGAGCUUCAGAGAAAACCACCUUCACCGAGUGCAGAGAAUGUGCGAUGAUCCGUCAGUUGAAGUCUCAGCGACUGACAAAGGAGCAGCUCCUCAAGGUCGAAGACCAGAAAAGGGCACAUUUACUAGUGGCCAGGAUUGCACGAGAGAAAUAUUAUAAGCACUGUAAGAAGGCAUUGGACCAGCCAGACAAAUAUUUGUCAAUGAUCAUUGACAACAUGGACCAAGCCAAGACUACUCUCCCAAGAUUCCCCACAUACCAUAAGGGAGAUGCCACCCUGACAAGGAUACAUCACCACGUGACUGGUGUCCUUGCUCACGGACAGAAAGCAGCAAGUGUCUUCACAUGGACAGACAAGUUUGCUUGUGACAGCAACAUUACGAUCAACUGCUUGCUGAAGGUUCUUGAAGAUGUUUCUACGAACAAGUCACUUCCACCAACGUUGUACCUUCAGGCUGACAACUCUGCCAAGGACAACAAGAAUUACAUCUUAAUGGGACUCCUGGCAAACCUUGUAAGAAGAGGAAUAUUUAAGAAGGUCAAGUUGUCUUUUCUCAUGGUGGGCCAUACCCAUGAAGAUGUCGACCAGAUGUUUUCAAGAUUGUCGGUCCAUUUAUCUGGGAUGGCAGUGCCAACUCUUGCAAGACUACAGCAAUUGGUGCAGGAGGCAUACAGUCCAACCCCAACAGUUCACCACCUUGAAAAUCUUUGGGAUUACAGGCAGCUGGGUAUUCAGGCACCUGUCCAUCUGAAUGGCCACAGCACUCCCCACAGCUUUAGGUUCACGAAGGUCGGAGAUGAUGUCGUGAUGUCCUAUAAGGAGUGGCCACUGAAGUCCAACAGCUACCACUCCAUAGCAGUCACUGACCUAGCCAAGGCAUUUGAUGGGGAACCAGAUCCCAUUCAGCAAGUGACAGACAAAGGGGAGAGGGUGUUUGCUGCCAUGGAGGAAGAUCUGAGGAAAUGGAGAGAUGGUGGAAAGCUGAGCGAUGGCCAUGUGAGCUGGUGGCGGGAACAUCUUGAGAGGGAGAGAAGAUUUCCAAUGCCAAGGAUCCCAAAGGUCAGCUCCUUCGAGCCUCACUUGAGAGUCCACGAGAAUCCUGUCUCACUGCCUGCUAUGGAGGUCCUGGACAAUCAUAUUUCAAAUCUCAGGAAACAGUCUCAGGUCAGAGUUGUGAAGAGAAGAAGGUGAAGAGCAAGGUGAAGAGCAAGUGUAGCCAUGAGAUGACUAUUUCAUUUUAUGCAUGAACUUCCUUUAUUUUAAUUCUUAGAUUUGUCAUUGUUGACAAAAUAUUAACAAAAGCUGGAAAGAAAGAUUUGAUGUAAAAAGUCCAUUUGUUUCCCUUUCACAUAAUGAAUAGUAAAAUUGGUUGUACUAAAAAUAAGCCAUGGUUAGUUAUGUUUAUAUGGAAAUUUAUUUUUGUUCAAGUCAGUAUUCCCUUCCCUGUGCCUUAGUCCUGGUGGUGAGAGUGACAACAUCACAUAUAUGUUAACUUCUCAACACUGCUUUGAUUUUUUUUUUUUUUUCUGAGCUAGACCAAGAUGAGCGAUAUGGUUCAUAGAGCCCUAAUCAUUAAAAGGCAAGACUGUUGUAGAUCUUAACUUAUUUUUUGUCUUUUUAUUUCAUUAAAUAUUAAGAUUUUUUAUUGUAGAUGACAUGAAUGUUUUAUUUUCAAACUUAUCAUUUUGUAUAGUUGAAUUUUAUUGUUGCUACCAUGAAAACAUGUGCCACAUAAUGAUUUUUGUUUUGGUAUUUAAGACUUUUGUUAAAAAAAAUUUGCAUGUGUUUUUGUCAAUGUUCUCUGUGGUGAUGUGAAAUCAAUUAUAUAUUGUAUGAUAUCAAAAAUAUUAAAAUUCAAUGUCAGAAAUACUUGUGUGUUUGAUUUUUUUAGGAACAAUCCGUAAAAAAAGUUUGCCAUCAAAACCUCCAAAUAGCGAGGGAAUAUAGAUGUUUAAAUUGCUUAGGCCAUGCAAAGUUAAUUUCUUGGUUCUCAGGCCCUUUUUCAAGAAAUAUGAUGAGGGAGGGAGGCAUUUUUUUUUUUCUUUUUUAUUGCCCCCAAAUUAUGAUGAGGCAGCCCUAUACAUUGUACAAAACCUUAAAAACUGAUAAGGGAGGUGAUUUGGUGUCUAUAUUUUAUUGAUUUAGCAGUAAACAGGGUCAAUGAGGCACCCUUGGAAGAGAU